UCUUCUUGUACCUACCAAUGAAACCAAUUUCGUUUGAAUUUCCGUUCAUGCUUCCGAAUCAUUUUUUAGUCCUGCGUUUAUUCUUCAUUCUAUUUUCCUAUAGGCGAAUUAUCUCGCCUUGCCAUCAGCUGAUUUAAGUAAUCUUGAGGCCUUCAUUUAUUGUGCUCUUUUCUAUUCCAACCACGUUGAACGAUUUUCGGGUGGUAACCACAACUUUUGUCACUCAAAGAUUGGGCACCCGCAUUCAACCGGAGGCAACCCCCCUCGUCACUGUAGACCAUGGGAGGAAAUAAUCAGGACAACAAUAAGAAGGACGUUCAAUUCGUUCUCACGUAGAAGAUUCUGCAUCUUUUGUUGCUUGUGACGAGAUACCCACACCAUCAGUAUGAAUAUUUCUUUUUGUCCAGCCAGAACCACGGCCAUUGAUAGUAAUUGGUCCUCAAUACAGACAACUCAGUGGGCGAAACCUUUAGUAUUGGAUACAUCAAAAUCAAAAUUGCCAGAUAUUAUGAGGGAAGACAGGUAAGCUUUCCCAGUUUCAUGUCUGCAUCUCUACAUUCUACGCCCUUCUCCACAUUUGCUGUUUUCGAUCAAUUGGUACAAUCAUGGUUCAAUGAUCCACUUCUAUUGCAAUUGAGACGUCGAAUGUCCACAUAGAUCCAGAUUCCAUUGCUGACCAAAGGUAUAGACGAUGAUGAGGAUGAAGAAGAGGAUGAAGGCAAUGAAUCCCAGGACAAAUUAGAGGGGAUCCCAGAGGAGCCAAUAGAAACGACAGAAACAAGCGAUACCCCGCUGUCGGAAACCAAGGAUGAAGAUCCACCUUUACAGGAGGGGGAUGGUUCUAAAGAGGAAGAGAAUAAUGACGUACCCAGUUUAACAGAAGAAACUCAGUCCACCGAAAGCGACAAGCCUCCAUCCACGACUGAAGAAUCGAGUGACUCGAAAUUGAUAGAGUCUAGCCCAAACACGGAAGAAAGUCUAGCGAGAGAUAUUACAGAAGCAGGUAUGAACUAUUUAUUGUCUUUGGAUUGCUGAGCUUCCUCUUCACGUGUUCAUGUGUAGCACCUAAUUGAUCUCAUCGGACUCAUUGGAUUGUAUUGUUAACUUUGAGAUAGAGCUGGAGCUAGCAUCGAAUAACAAUAUAGAAAAUCCUUCCGAUCCUACCCCGAAUACAAAUGAUAACACAGCCCCUUCCGUUCCGGACCCUCUACCAAGAGACGACAUACACGAUGACAUACAUGACAACAUACACGACGAUGGGCAUGCCCUGAGCAGAGUAAAUUCGCAUGGAUUGCAUUCGUCACAUCAUGUAGUUCAUUUUGCCGAUGAAAUAGAAUCGACAAGUUCUAAAUCAAGAAGCAAGAGCAAUAAGAGUGGUAAUGAUAAGAAAACUGCUCCACCCGCGGUACCACGCAAGCCUGAGGCUUUAUCUGUUAAAAAGAGCAAAGGUAGUAGCGGGAGAAGUUCAAGACCUACUCGGGAAAGCUCAGUAGGACCAUCGGAAGUUCAAAUUCACCAUCGGGCGACCCCGAUGAUUCAGAUCCACAAUCAAGGGGCAAGAAAAGGAAGGCGAAGGACGGGAAAGAGAAAAGCGGCAGUAAGAAAAGUAAGAGCAGACGAAAAGAUGCUUCAGAGUCGGCACUCGUACCAAUACCGCUCGCAUCAAUCUCGAUACCAUCGGAUCCUACAACAAGGAGUAAUGACCCUAUAACGACAUGCAAUGAGGGCGUGGAUUCGGCCCAGGAGCCACAGGAAACUCCAGGAGUUGUUCAGCCAGCAUCGGGUGAGUAUCACUAAUCCUUGAUGGAACUUUGAAAUAUCAAUUUUCGGUUAAUACUCGUAUAUCCAUUUCACACGCUUACUAUCAUCCAAAUAGAUCCCGAACCCGCCGCCAUAUCAGACGAUAAUCCCGGCGAGGACGUAGAGAAAAAAGAAUCAAUUCCUAUACAAGAGAGUGUUCCGACGCAACCUGAAGUACAUCCAGCCACGGAGGAGAAGUCAACGAGUGAUGCGCCAGCUUUAGAUAACGCACAGGUGGAAGGCGAAGACGUUCCAAGCACGGGGGAACAUUCAAUUACGGGAGAGGUCUCUGCGGGUGAUGUCUCAACAGUGGAAGAUGUACAGAGGGAAGUGGGAGAGAUUGCGAAUACGAAAGAAACUCCCAUUGUUUACCAAGACGUCCAAAUUCAUGAAGAAAUUCCUGUUCCAAACGAAGCGCCUGAAAUUACUGACGAUAAGUCUACAACCGCAGAUGGGCUGGACGUGAAUACCGAGGACUCCAGCAGCGAGCCUGUUUCGGAAGCUACAGUAGAAAAUCCGGUCACUAAUGAGGAGGUAUUUCCUCCGGAUGAACAUGGUCCACAAGAAUCCGAGGUAACAGAAGAGAUUCCAAGCAGUGAGGAUGCUUCAACCAUAACCAACGAAAGUUCGGUCCAUAGCGAAGAGUCCUCAGACCCUGUCGAAUCCAUUUCGACAAAUGCCAUCGGCGAAAAGGAUCCGAGUCACAUAGAGACACCUACAAUAAGCGACGAGAUAGAACCGAAGGACGAUGUUCCCUCUAGCGUUGAACCGGCUGUUGUGAAAGAAAGUACAAACCUCAGUCAGGAAGCACCACCUCUUGCUGAACAUGUGUUUGAGAAGGGCAUUGUCUCGGAACCCGAAAGCGAAGCUCAAUUGAGCGAGGAAUCCAUUGAGAACAGUCCUUCCGAAGAACCUAAUAUUCAAGAAGGGAUCAUCAAUUCAACCGAGUCGGCAUCUGUACCUGUCGAGGCAUCAGUCACAAUUGAUAACGGCCUUCAAGCUGUCGACGAGAGGGAAGGAUCUAGUGGCGCCAAUCAAAAGACCGUAGGAACUUCAAAAGACACCACUGCGGAGGAACAGGAUACACAGGGCUUGAAAGAUGAGCCUUCUGAAGACAACGAAGCCGAAAUGCCAAGUCCCGAAAAAGCUGGACCCGAAAAUAUUGAUACUCUCGAAGUUGGGGAAGAUCAGGUGGACAAAGAAGCUAUUUUGAACGAAUCUUACUCUGAGGCAAAUGAGGACAUCUCGAAAGAAUUAGAAUCGAGGGACAUCGAUGAUGAUACUGAAACUCAUGGAGGCCCAUCCGAAAAGGUCGAGACAGGUGACGUAGAAGAUCACGUGGAAGAUUCCCACGUCGAGGACGAUAUUGUUCAGGAUUUAGCACCUACAGACGAUAUCAAUGAAGCCCCAGUCGUUGAGACUAACACCGGUGAAGACUCAAGUGCUUUGGAGAAUUCGAAUGCCAAAAGAGAGUCGGAAACAAUUGAGCCAAGCGAUGACAUUCCGAAUGUCCCAGUUCCGGUUUUGGUCGAGGAUUCAACACAGAAUCAAGAGAAAUGCGCUCCCGAGGUAGAUGAACAGAAAUCGGACUUAGAAGUCAAAGAAUUGCCAGCCGACAGCGGAAAUGUUCAGGGAAGUCCAGCGAGCGAGGAACCAUCGGAUGAGAAUCAGUUGGAAAAUUCACCAGUCAUAAUUGAGGAAAAUUCGGAGCCAGAAAUUUCCGUGUCAUUCGAACAUACAUCACCCAAAACAGGAGAAAUUAAAGAUAAUCUGAAAAGCGAAGAAGGUCCGAUUACGGUCGACCAACCUUCUAUCGAGGUAGAAAAUCCCAAGAAAUCACAGGAAUUUGAAGAAGCUCCCGCCGAAAUCGAGGAAUCGCAAGAAAUUCAAGCAAAUGAAGGAACAACAGAACAACCCAAAACCGAAGAUUUGCCUUCUGUGGGUGAAGAUGGACCAGGAUUGAAAAAUGCUUCUCCUACCGAAGAUGCGGGAAAUUCUCAUGAAUCUCCAGAAAGCGACGAGAUAGCAGAUUUACUCAUGCCCGAACAAGACGUCAUGAUUGAGGAAACACACGAACAAAAUGAAGAAGAGGGGUCCAUAGAAAAAGACCCAGAAUUGAUUAAGAAAGCUGAAAAAUCUCUACAAGAAGUCGCCCCUCUACCUGAGAUUGACCACAAUGUUACUCCUGUCCAUACUGAAGAUACUUUUGAGCUCUUGGGCGAGAUUUCACAGCCUGAACCUGCAGAAGAAGAACUUAGCACUGAUAUUCCGAAGUCAUCCAUCGAAGAUGAAGAGCAGCAACCUGAGAAUUCCCAUGACGAUUCCCCUCCAUCUGCAGAGGAAAAUCCCGUCGAAAGCCAGGCAGACAACACCAAGCCUGAGCCAAUGGAAGAACUACCAGCCAAUUCAUCUACCAACGAGCAUGGAGACGGAGUCGAAGUGGAAGAAUUGAACGAAUCCGAUCCAGCCGAGUCCGAAAAUGACGGAACGAGCUGGGAUGGCGAUUCAAGCGAAGAUUCGGAUUCUGGCGACGAGGGCGACCACGAGAAUGAUGAAACGCCUGUCACUGAUGAAAUUCAUUCCGAACCAACUAGUAAGGAGGAAGAUCCGUCCGAGACAGAAGAAACAAAGGUUCCAGUUCUUGACAGUCAAUUGAAUGAAGUCCCGGAAGCUCCUGUUGCAGAAAAUUCACUGGAAUUCGUGACUGAGAAGCAAAAUGUUCAAGCCGAUGAACCGGUUGUCGUUGAAAAUCCCGAUUUUUCUUUUACUCAAGAAGAAACUACAGAGAAACUUCCCGAAUCCGUGGAUAUGAUAGAAAAUAUCCAGUCAGAUGAAACAGUCACCAUUCAAGAGCCUGACAUUUCCGUUCCUCAAGGAGAACCCAUCGAAACCUCGGAAGGACCUGCUGUGAAAGAUUCAUCCGAGUCGGUGGAUGAAAAGAAAAAUACCCCACCGAGCGAGGAAAAGAACAUCGAAGAAAUCCACGUUCCUGUUCCCGAGCAAGAGCAAGAGCAAGAGCAAGCGGUUACCGAAAAUCCAGCUAUUUCUGCUGCAGAAAGUCAUCCAGGACCUGCCAGCGAGGAAGAUAACCCUACUGAAGAUUCAGAAACAGAAGAUCAUGCCGCUCCAGUGCAAGGUUUAGUCGAGGACUUAAAACAUCGACUUUUGAAGAAAACAGUUCCGAACCAGCGAUUGAGGAGGAAGAACCGUCUCAAUCAGAAGAAAUCGUUACCAGCGAGCAAGUCAAUCUUGCAGCGCCCGUAGAAAAUUCCGCUGAGAACACUGACACCGCCGAAGUUGAAAAUUCUCCCGCACCAGUCGGCGAGGAUGCCCCAAUCGAGACUCCAGAAAACGUCUCGUCGCAGACAACUGACACUCCCGUUCCAGAGCAUGAGUCAAAGGAGGUGCUAAAAAUGCCUGUCGAAGAGGAAAUUGAGUACGAAUCGGUCAUCGAGGAUAAAAACCCUAUUCAUUCCGAAGAAUUUGUCUCAGAUGAAGAUCCUGACGCCUCCGUCCCGAAAGAACAAACGGUUGAGUCUGUCGAAACUCCUGCUGGUAAGUUAAUUCAGCAUCCCUCUAUUAACCUCUUUGAUUACAAGACAAAUACUAAGAUAUCAAUAACUAGCCCCGGAAGAAGUAAUCCAGGAUGAGGCCACUGAGGAUGUUACUGCUCGUAAGUAUAUCUAUAUCUUACAAAUGAGUGAAUAAGUUCAAGCGGAUAACAAAAAUAUCAAUAGUCACAGAUGAAGAGCCUGAAACCAUCGAUGACGAUCAAAGCACUGUAGACGAUGAUGAAAUAGCAGAGAAUGCGGAAGCUACACUAGCUGGUAAGUGUUCACCGAACAGGAAGAUUUUAAUCCAAUAGCAUUUGCGGUAAACUAAUUCUUGACUCAACAGAACUAGAAUCUGCACCUGUCGAUUCUAUACUUGUUCAGACAGUGGUAGUUGAAGAACCACUGGUAGAAACACCCCCAGAGGAGGAUAUUUCAGAAAAAUACGCUGGUAAGUGUUGAGAGAAUUUAAUUUGUAAUUUUUUUGGAAGGGGGCUAAAAGAUUCCAGAACCAGAUUCAACACCAACGGAGACUAUUCCCACGGAAGAGCCCGAUACAGAAGAUCAAGUCGCCGAACAACCCACCGCAGAUUUAACCCAGGACAUUCCAGCUGGUUAGUAUAUUCAUGGCCAAUUUUCGCUCCACCUUGCCCAAUGAAAGAAGAAGCUCAUAUUAAGAUAUAGAAACCGAGUCUGAGUCCACACCGACUGAUACUACUCCUGCUCCCGUCCAAGAGCCAGUAUCCUUGGAGCUCCCACUAGAACCAGAAGCCGGUAAGUGUCCAUUAGGAUAUGAAUUCCUCUCGAACAGGGCUUUAGAUCCCGUACAUCGAGCUCCCCGCAGAGAUGUCAAGCUCAUCAAUAUCUCCUCAGCAGCCAACGAUCCGAUUCCAGAGCCUGAACCUGUAGCUGUAGAAGUAACUGCUCUUGGUAGGCUUUCAUUUUUUUUUAAACUCAUUUUUUUGGCCCAUAAUAGGUAUGAUAAGCAUGCUAAUGCACGAGUGAUUAGAAGCUACCCCACCUGAUAGUGUUGGGGAACCAGUAAAUGAAAGUAAAUCUGAGCCCGAAAGUUUUGAAAAUCAAGCCGCUAUGGGUAAGUCAAAAUAUUUUUUGUUUCCAAUCAAUACAUAUGCCACUUCUGCAUAUGUAUGUCCACGAUCACUUGAAACGCUUCGUAGUUUAAACCCCGCAAACACGUCACAAAGCUAGUCGUGAGUAUUGCAAAAUUAUCCUAUUGGCGAAAUUCAGGUAUAGCUGUUGGUUUAAUUCAACGUUUGGAGUAUCGCAAAACAUAUUAUAAAUGUCCAAAAUUUUCGCAAACCCUAUCCUACAAGAUGACAAAGCCGAAGUUGGAAUUGAUUUUGAAUAUCGCGAUCCGAAUUAAUUCGAGCGACUAUCUCAUAUAUCGGAUACUCAAAUAGAGAAAAUUCCCUUGCAUAUAAACUAAUAUCAAAUGUCUCCAGAAGCCGACGCGACCUCAGCAACCUCACCACCAUCAACCGAACCCGUCAUUGAAAAUUUGGAGGAACAGGAACAAGCAACAUCUGGUACGUUCUAUCUUGGAAGCCUGGAGUCGGUUCUCGCAUUGCGUCUAGAGUUUGCAACAGGCCGAAGUUCCAGAGAAAGAGAUGUCCAUUUUCACUCUUCCUUUGGCCUCAAUUACUAACGAUAAAUUAUGUUCAGAGUCUGAGCCUACGCAAAUUGAUGCGGCUGAAUCGGCUGAGGAAGAGGGACAGUCUGAGCUUGCUGGGGAAGCACAGGCAUGUUUACCGGUAGAGGGUGCGUGGUACUUACUUUCACUUGAAAAGUUCACACUGACAUUGGAUAGAAGUUUCAACUACCCAAGAGCCAAGCGAAGAAGCUAGUCUUGGAGAAACCAAUGAUGAACCUACCGGUGAAAUUGUUCAAGAACCAACCAUCGAGGAAUCUAUAGUCGAGGUCGCCGAGGAACCGCCAAAAGAGGAAUGUUCCGCCGAAAUACCUGCCAUCGAGGCCACCCCGCAAUUGAUAGUGGAGGAAUCGAGUGAUGCGGUGGAAGAACUGGGGAAGUCUGUUGGUGUAGUGGCCGAGCCGCCAAGUGAUGAGCCCGAUGAGCCCGUCGAGUCGAAGGCAGUAGGACAAGAGGUCAUUCCGGAGUCCCAAACAUCUACACUAUUUCCAGAUUCGGUUGAAGAGCAAGGUGAACCUCCUAAAGAUGAGAAUCCAGCCGAAGUACAAGCCGGUGAUCUUGCUGCUGCUGCUUUUGCUGGACUUGCAGGUGCAGCUGGAGUCAAGGCCUUGAACAAUAACGAGGAGACUGCACCGAUAGCCGAACAACCUUCAAUCAACGAGUCAGAUCGCGUUGAAAAUCGCGAAGAUAAAGAAGCCGAAUCGCCCUCAAAAUCGGAUAGAGAUAGACGUAGACAUAGGAGCUCAAGACACCACUCAUUUAGUCACCAUCCAACCAAAUCCGGCGACUACCCACCUUCUAGCAGACCUGAGGAACAGCCACGACGCCGAAGACAUUCUCACAGUCACAGAACUAGUGGCGCGUCUAGUGAUAGAGAAGAUGACAAAGAGAUCCAUCGUAGCCACAGAUCUAGCCAGAAGGAAGAAGAAAGAGAUCGACCAGAACGUUCUCAUCGUCGAAGAUCUAGUUACAGAGAAGACGACCCAGAGCGCUCCUAUCGACGUAGGUCUAGUCGUAAAGAAGACAAGGAAGAGAAAGGAGAGCGAAGUCGUGAAAUUUCUCCAGCGAAACAAUCCCCAGAGCGCCGAGAUAGUGCCAUUGAGGGUGUGGAUGACGAACGUGAACGGCGCCGGCGCCAUCGAAAAGAUCUUAGUCGAGAGGAAAAAGAAGAACAUGACAGGAAAAAGGAUGAUCGUCGAGCAGCCAAGAGAGAGGCAGCAAUUAAAGCUGAAGAAGCCUACAGAGCAGGAGAAGCGCGAAGAUUAGAAGAAGCAAAAGUCAACGGGGCACUUCAAAAGAAGAAGACAGAAUCCAUUCCGUUACCAGCAGCUCUAAAGCGAUCAGGAUCACGAAAAGAAAGUGUCUCGAAAUCAGUUUCGAUUGUUCCUCCUGAAAAUGACAACAAUCUCAAGUCUCGACUCCUCAGUCUCAAGAGGCGUGUCAAAAGCGAGGUUACCAGCCCAUUUAUAGCCAAUGAUGAACCACAAAUCAAGGAGAAACCUACUCCCAUCACACGCUCAAGAAGAGAUUCCACCGUUGAAGAGGUGGGACCUCCUCAAUUUGACAUUACGCCCGAACGUCCAAAGAUGAGUUCUGGUACAAGGAAGUCAUCCUCUCGCUCAAAUCCGCAUCACUCGCACUCCUCUCCCCGCAGAGAGUCGGAACGAACUUACAGUACCAGGAAAGAACCAAGUCGACGAGAAUCUACCAGUGAGAAGUACAAGACGGAGGAGGAGAAAGAGGCAAGAAGAGCUCGCAGGGAGAUGAGGAGGCAUGAGAAGCUCGCGAAAGAGGAGGCGGAAGUGGAAAACAAAGUGCAAAGAGAAAAAGAUGACGAGUUGAGACGUCGACAUCGUGAGGAGCGACGAAGAAGGCGAGAGGAAAGAGAAAAUGAGGAACGAGAGGCCAAUGAGCGAGAUGUCGAAGGAAAAUUCGGCAAAUUAUCGGAUCCAGAUGCCGACAACGAAGAAUCAAAACCUAGCUCAAGGCCAGGUAAUCGCGAAAGACGGCCGACGAGGCACCAUUCAAAUUCCUAUAGUUCAAAAGGGCCUCGUUCAGAGAUGCCACCAUUUCGAGGCUCUCGUACAGCGGAAGCAGCAGGGGAGAAACCCAAGAAUCCUUUCAAAAGCUUCAUGACAUUGGGAAAGAAGGUCUUUGCCUCGGAAAAGCGUUGACCAUGACAUGUAUAACGGGCAUGAUAAAAAGCGGAGUUUCUAUUGUUCGAUUAUUGUGAUUUCGAUUCUUGAUUGGUAUUAAGUUUUUUUAUGAUUGUGGAAUAGGCAUAUGAGACUGUUUGGUCGGUGAUUUGAUGAUUGAGACGAUGUUAUGAUAUAGUACCUGUUCGAUAUGUGUUUUCAAGUACAGAAUGGUGUUGGGAAGGAUCUAAUUGAUUUCUGUCAGCGUCUUGUAUUUCAAGUCUCCUUGGUCAUAUCUUUCUGAACUGUAACUAUUGAAUGUAAUUAACAAUUUAUGGGAUAUGGGGAUAUGGAAUAUUGGAUAUAAGAAUGAAUGGCUUUUUUUCCACCUGUAGCCGAGCAGUCUAUCACGAA